UAUGUAUAAUCUAUGUUUUCGAUCAUACGCCCAAUGAGCCACAAGAGUUAUAUUCGUAAUUUGGGUUUUACAAACACUUGAAUAUUUAAAGCCCAAAAAAGUAAUUUAGUCAAUGUAAUUGUACGUAUUAACAACAAAUACACUACUACUGCAUUCAAAAUGAGUUUGAGGUUAUGUCACAGUAGACUUAUCAGCACGGUCACUAAAAGGCUCUUUUCGGCCAAAUUCCCGGACCAUAAGAUCGUCUUAACUGACGACGAAAGCACGUACGUGGCGUGGCACCCAAAACAGGACUUUCCGUACGAAUGUACCCAACCUUUGCCUGAAAAACAAGUCGAAGACACUUCCGUUCUUAAAACGCAGCUUACGCCCCAACUCAAGGAAGUGUUUAAUAAAAAAACACCUGAACAAGCCCGGCAAGAGCUGAUGAACAUCACGCACACGACGAAACAUCGUUGGUUCCCUCGUGCGCGUGAUAAACGCGCUAAAAAGACACCAAUGGAUCGCGAAUAUUUGUAGAAUUUAUUUAAAUACAAAAUCGUAAUAAAUUAGUUGGUUAGAGCUACAA